GAGCAGCCUUGAACCACACCCAGGCAGCACAGCCGCCACCCAGACUCUCUCCUCCGCCCAGUUAAGUUAAACAUUCAUUGUGCAAGUAGUACAGCUGACUGUGUUUAUUAUUUUGCCCAAAACCCUGUGCAUAAUACGGGCUCACUCUAGUGUACUAAUUUAGUCUUUUAAUAGAUAAUUUCAAGGGAAUGACUUCAUUGUUACCUCAGUCUGCCAAGGGGAAAUCCUGAGAAGACAAGUCGGUACCAUCUGUUGUCCAGUUUGACUGUGAGCUUGAAGUGCUCCUCCCAGGUCGGACACCACCGCCAAAAUGUUUCUGACAUACGACAAGAUUAGCCGGGUGCUCUUCUGGGGCUGCGUGAGUGCCCUCCUGGCCACCCUGCUGAACCUGCUGGGUCUCUGCUCCUGUUGUGUGACAUUCCCUCUUGCCUGGCUCCUGUCUUCUCUUAUCUACUUGGCUCUAGCAAGUAUGAAGGUCCCAAUGUCAAGGAAGGCGGUGCUCAUAACAGGCUGUGACACGGGCUUCGGUCAUGCCCUUGCACUACAUUUGGAUAAAAUGGGUGUCCGAGUAUUUGCCUGUGUCCUCAAAUCCGGAGGCGAGGGGGCGGAGCGUCUACGGAAGGGGGGCUCCAGCCGCCUCCACGUCCUGCAGAUGGACAUUACCAACCAGGAGGAGGUGAAGAAGGCGCUGGAAGAUGUAAAGAACCUGUUGCCGGCAGAAGAGGUGCUGUGGGGAUUGGUGAACAACGCCGCUAUCUGCACACACGGGGCUGUCGAGUGGGUGACCAUGGAAACUUGUCGUAAGAUUAGUGACGUCAACAUCUUCGGGACCAUCGCCGUCACCAAGACCUUCCUUCCUCUCAUCAGGAAGGCGAAGGGUCGAAUUGUGUCCAUGGGCAGCGCGCGGGGCCGCCUCCACAUCCCUAUAGGCACCACCUAUGACCUCAACAAGCACGCCCUCGAGGGCUUCAAUGACGGACUCAGAAACGAGAUGAGACGAUUUGGUAUUGACGUUUGCCUCAUUGAACCUGGCAACUUCACAGCGGGAACGGGCAUCUUCCGCGAGAGUGACGUGAGGCGUGACGGGAAGGCCAUGUGGGCAGCCAUGGACGAAGAGGUCAAGACUGCCUAUGGUAAAGAUUUCUUCGAUGAAACCAUUAACUUUCAGCUGAAUAUCACACGUUCCGGGAACCCGGACGUGAGUGAGGUGCUGACUGCAAUGACUGACGCCCUCACGCAGAAGUACCCGCAGAGUCGCUACCAGCCCAUGGAUAUUACUAUUUACCUCGCCGUGUUCCUGAAUCAGCAUUUCCCUGAGUGGGUCUACGAUUACUUGUGGGUCGAGUAUAUCUUAAAGAAGGGACUGUAGCUUCUCUUGCUUACCCCACACGGAGGCUCGUCCGGCGCGAACACCUAACCUGAGGGAGGAAGCCUUUAUCCAUCCCAAACACGCACGUAACAGAAAUUAGGCUUGGUUAUUCUAGCACGCAUAUAACUCAAAAUAUAAGGCUCGGCCAUCCUAGACACACAAGUAUCUCAGAAGCAAAGCGUAACCAUGUCAAACACAAUGAACUCAAAAUACUGCUCUAAGUACUGUAAUUCGACCUUACCAUUUUAAUACUUAGAAAAAUCUUGACUAUCUAUUGUCUUCCUACCCUGAGAGAGCUUCUGUUUCCUGGAUAACACUUAAACAUACUAUGACUAUUUUAAAGCUGAACCUUCACCAGUAUAUUCACUGAUUAAAAACUACGCCCAUGUAACAAUAAAUGUAAUAAAGCAA